GUUCUCAGGGAGAGGAUAUUAACCCUGGUGACCCACUGAGAGAGACAACCAAGGUGGCACGUUAAAGCAUAUCUUAUCUUGAACAGUGGGGACUAUCUGAAGAGUAGCCUCGCAUCACCAUGAGAGAGAGAGCUACCGGGACGCUAUCAGUUUUUGAAAAACAAAAUAAGUCGGGUGACUCGAGUGAAAAAGUGAUGUGAAGGCAUAAUUGUGACACAUUAGCCAUAAGUAUUACUAAUGUCGGAUGUGAGGUGUUGGAGCCAGGAAGUGUUAGUGAAUGUGGAUAAGUUCGUUGCUGUCACCAGGAAAUGCUUCACAUGAGAGAUAUGAAACGUGUUGCAACAAUCAUAUUUGUAUAUAUGUUGCCGAGUAAGUUUUAGUUAAUGCGUAAUGUGUUCAGGUCAAUAGCGCUACCAUAUUGGUUGGUGUGUGAUUCAGGAAGUGUGUACGCGACAAAGUGAACUGGUUCCAACCAUAACAGUGUUGGAAAGUGGAAUGGAGGAGUUGAGUGGGGAGUGUUGGAAAGUGUGGGUUGAGGUAAUAUGUUGGUAAGUGUGUUGUUGUAGCGAUGGUGGUGAGAGGUGUGUUAGGGGUGGGAGUGACGCUCUUAUUGCUGUUGGCGGUGGUGGAGGGAGGACAGGAGGUGGAAGGGGCUGCCGCCCCCUUUACGGAUGAGUACCCAGUCUUGGGCGUGGACUAUCCUGGCGAGGUUGUGGACUACCCAGGCCAGCUAGAUUACUUAGAUGCUGAACAUUACUACACUAAUCACUUCACGCCAGACUUAUCGAACUCGACGCUACGAAAGUGUCGCUGUGCCGGGGAGGAAGUGUGGGGAAAGGGCGCGUGCCACCCCCAUGACACAAUUGUGGCCAUCGUGGACCCCCAGACCGGGCAGCGGGUUGCGGCUAACACCAGUAGCCUGACCAGAGUGGUGGUUGGGCAGGUGAAGUGUCCCGCCCCGCGGGUCUCGGCGCUACUAGACUCCAAUCGUCACCCAGAGCAUGAAUUUUCUUUGGAGGAGUCAGGUCAUCUGUACUGGCAAGGCGAGACCUUCUCAGAUUACUGCCUCGAGCAUACCUACACUCCUGACGGGGAGCCCUCCGCCUGGGAGGCACAGGUGUGUCUGAACCCACCCUCAGUGCCCCGCUGCUGCCCGUCGGGAUACGCUCUCCACAUUCUCGACGGCUGUGUGCCCGAGGUGGGCGUGGUAUGGUCACCGCCCGUGCAGGUACAGGAGCAGGUGGUAGCGUGGGGGCAGGUAGAGGGCGAUGUUGUUAAUAUCACCUGCGACGCUCAGUCUGAGACUCAACACGUGGAGGUGGGUGGUGAAGGCGGCGCCACUCUGUUGUACAGCCCCCAGUCCGCCCUAUUGUCCUGGACGCCGCCCACAGAGCUUAAGCCCAAGCAGCAUCAGGACUACUGCGUAGGCGUGGAGGCGGGCGCAGCGGGGCGCUACCUCGCCAAGCUGUGCUACACAGACCCUAUGAAAGCACAUCGUCAGGCCUGCAACAACACCACCUGCGUGCGCAAGUGCUGCCCUCAGGGUUCCUUUUUCUGGCAAGAGUGUGUGCCAGUGGAGGCGCAGGAGGAGGAGUGGCAGCCAGAGUUCCACUAUCCUGACACCCUAGCUGCAGGCGCCCCUCCCCCGCACCCCCUCACUUUCGUCUAUGGCUUUCCCCUCUGCCCCUCCUGCUUCCAGCUGGAAACUUACCGCACAGAAGAGGACAAAUUCUACCUGCUGACAGAUGGCUCCCUGCACGUGCCUAUCUUCUCCAAGGUGUUCCCACCAGAUCAGUACUGCCUCGACAAGUUCCUCACAGAUACGGGGCAGGUGCACACUCUGCCCCUCGUGUGCUUCCAAGAGGAUGACGCCAGCGCCAGCAGCGCUUGCAAGGCUGUGCAACUGUACGUGUACCCCGUGCUGCUGGUGGUGUCGUGCGUCUUCCUGGCCAUCACACUGCUCAUCUACGUCAGCGUGCCGGAGCUGCACGCCAAGGUGCACGGCAAGUGUCUCGUCUCGCAUGUCUCGGCCCUCCUGUUGGCAUAUGUCAGCCUCGUCACUGUGCAGUGGAGCACAGGACUUAUGCCUCUAGCUGCAUGCAAAGUUAUGGCCUCGGUGAUACACUUCAGCUUCAUGGCUGCCUUCUUCUGGCUCAACGUUAUGUGCUUCGACAUCUGGUGGACCCUCAAGUCGAUGCGGCCGGUGGCAGAGACUGGGGAGCUGUCACGGCUACGGUUCAAGAUGUACUCGAUGUACGCUUGGGGGUGUCCUAUUGUGAUUUCCCUGGCAGCCAUCAUUGUCCAGACUCUCCCUCCAAACAUCCAGGUCGUCAGACCAGAGUUUGGCAACAAGAAAUGCUGGUUUGAUAAUGACAAGUCGCUGUGGGCAUACUUCUACGGGUUCGUGCUGGUGCUGGUAAUAGCCAAUAUCAUCUUUUUCGCCCAGGUGGCUUACAUCCUCCUGGUGGCUCAGAAUGAUCCCAUCCUACAGCGUACACGUCAGCAGAAUAGAGAAAGGAUGUGGUUGUACAUUAAGUUGUUCCUGGUGAUGGGUCUGACAUGGCUUGCUGAGGUUAUUUCUUGGCAGGAGGGAACGUGUGAGGCCUGGAUGAUCACUGACAUCAUAAAUACACUUCAGGGCUCAUCAAUAUUCCUGAUUUUCAUUUGCAAGAGGAAUAUGCUGCGAAGAAUCCGCAACAACUGGGAGCCAUACUUGCGUCGUGUGAAAGAAUUCUUUGGUUCAUCCCGUCAGUCACAGUCUAAAACGGGUAAACGUAGCCAGGAGAGUACCUCAUUCAGCUCAUCUGUGAAUCGACCAAGUCAUUCAGCAGCCUCGCAGAGGACUGUCCAGAGCCAGAUCUCUUUUGAUCCAUCAUCUGCUUCAAGGAAGUUGUCAGCAUCAUCUCUAGUAUCUACCACUGGUGCCCAAAUUCACUCUCCCAACUCCAUCUCAAUGGACACCAUCAAUGAAGUUACCAGCCCAGAAGGUGAACAAGCUGAGAAAAGUAAUGCAUCAGCUGAAGAAAGCACUUGUUUGCCUAUUGCUAUAAAUCCUUGGAAUGUGAGUGAAAGCAUAUCCACUAACAGUAUUACCACUGGUGAUCAGUGCACUCCCAUGAGUGAAUUAAACUCUGUUGUUGAGCACAUGGAUGAUGAUUGCCUACCUAACAGCAACGAUGAGCCAACUCUGUCAUCUGUCAAGAAGGAGGCUUCCUUGAGAUUAUCUAAUGAGGAUGUUCCUACAAGUCAGAUAGAUCACAAGGAGUCUGCAUCAAUCAGAGAUGGUGAGAGAGAAGUGCCUUCCAGAAGUGUAAAGGAAGCUACACAUCAGACAGAGAGUGAAAAUACUACUCAACAGAGAAAGUGUGUGAAUGCUGCCCCAGCCAAAACCACAGAAAAUGCCACUGUAAAGACCCAUGAUGAUACUGAAAUUUUUGGUAUAGGUAAUGGGUCUGUGCCACCAAGGCAUCACAGAGCAUUUACCACAGAUGAUGAGGAUGAUCAGCCUGUAGAUGUGUGAUAAGUGUUCUUGUUUGGACUUUGCCAGUACAGUAUUUCUUAAAUAAAUAUGAAUUAUAGCUACAGUAAUUUUAUAAUUUCCGAGAAUCAUUAUUUAAAAUAACUGUGUACAGUAUAUAAUUUCAUAUACACUGUUAUAUAUACAUAUAUAAUUAAUGUUAAUUCUGAUGAGCCAGGUUUACCAUAGAUAUGUUGGAAACCUCACAUUUUGUGCAGUUUCUUAGGGUUACACUUCUGUAAAAGAAAUUAGUUAAACUAUGUGACAUAUUGUAAAUUAGAUUAUUAUUACAUUCAACGAGAGUGUUAAAUCUGUAGGUGUCAUACAGCACCUAGGGAAAUGGGAGCCAAAAAUACAGUAACUGUAUUUAUCUGAUGAAGAUUAAAUGUAGUGGAUUAUGUUUCAAUGUACCUUGUAUAAAUCAGUGAAAUUACAAUAGCUGACCAGUAAAUGUACAUGAAUUAAUGUUAAUAUACUUUCGAACAACUGCAGGCAUCCAGUCUUUGCGUAUCUCGUUGAUUCAUAAAAUCUUUUAAAUAUACUUCUAAAACACAUUUACAUAUACCAUAUGUCUGGAAAUGUGGUACAGUAUAUAUUAGUGGAAUAAAAGUGUUAUUCGCAAAAUUAUAUUGAAAUUAAGAAGAUAAGGCUUACAUAUGUAUUAAUGAUUUAUUCAGAAUAUUCAUGUGCUGUGAACUGGAAAUAUCAUAGAGGAUUAUGUGGAAAGUCUUGAGUAAUUUUUUUUUAAUCUCAGCAGCUAUCUCCUGCCAAGGCAGGGUCACAGGAAAGAAAACACAUCCACUUUCAUUAAUUCAAUCACUGUCUUGCUAGAAGUGUGCUGACUGCAGUACUCCCACCCAUUCCUCAGAGCACAGGCACUGCCUUUUCCACUUCCAGAAUCCAAGUCUAGCUAGCCAGUUUUCCUGAAUCCCUUCAUAAAAGUUACACACUCCAACAGCAUAUUCAUUAAAAAAAAAAAAAAAACACUUGUCCCCAUUUAGUCCUGUCUAACAAGCUCAUAUAAGCCUGCUGGAUGCUCAAGCCUUAGAACUCAUUGCCUCUUUUGUUUUUCCUUUCCCUGUAAACAUUCCUGAGACAAUCCCUACUCCUACUUUCCACCCUACAUUUAUAGUCUCUGUCAUCCUAUCCACUCCAUACUCUCAACAUGCCCAACUCCCUCCCUCAGUGCAAACAGUUGGUACAUUUCUCAUUAUAAUUAUAUGCAUGCACUACAUACUUACCUACACAUACAAAUACAUGUACCCUGGUGGUAGACAGAUAAUGUGUUAAAAACUUAUGUAUACUGUAUAUAUGAAAGCAGCCAGCAUAUGGAAAGACAUUAUAGAAUUCUAUAGCGAGCUGUGUCUGUAUGAACACUCAGUACAGUGUGAGCGGAAUGAAAUUAUAGUUACCACUUGAUUAUUGAAACAAGAUUGAUGGUAGUACUUGAUGUUAAUAGAAGCAAAUCAUACUUAAUAUUUUUACUGAAUGCUUUAUAAAAAAUUUUCUUUAUCAAGAAAGAUAAUUUUUCACCAAGGAAUUGUAAAAGUAUUUGGUGGCAGUAAAAAGCAGUCUACAUUGGAUGUACAUUUAUUCAGUAUUUACUGUUCAGUUAUUUUGUAUGUAUUACUGAAGUUUUGCCACAUCAUUCAACCUGUCCUGAUGCAACAGUUGUUUCUGUAGAUACAGUACCCGAGUGUGUAUAAUUGUUCUCAAGUUAGAGCAAAAAUCAAUAGUACCUUUCAGUGAUAUAGCCUCUGGCUUCACGUUAUUCACUGGCCAUAGCUGUUGACAUUUGCUCGAUAUGUGAAGCUUAUAAAAGUAGUGUCAGGUGAAGCAUUGGUUCACUGGCAGAAAAUUCAGCCUGGGGAUUGAACCUAGGUCCUUUUGGCUGUGGGCUGAACACAACAAAUAAGCUAUGAUCAUAAAUGAUGUGAACAAAACUCAGUGUGGUCAAGCUGGAGACUUAAGUUGAUGUGAAUAGACAGAGCUUAAUUUACUUCGUAACAUGUACUAGCAGUGUAUAAUGAAACUUCUAAAUUUGCGAGUAGUAUUGUAAUUUAUGAGAGUCAGUUAUACAGUUGCACAAUGAUUAGCCACCUUUUUUAAGAUGCUUAGUUUCUUUGGCAUAUGAGUGUACAGAACAACUCUUAAAUUAAAAAAUAACCAAAGGAUUUUGUCAAGAAUAUGUUCAUUGGAUUUGCCAUCUCUAAAUCUAUUUUUUCUAGUCAUUCUUUCUUAUGAAUGUCAAUAUUAAUCAGAUAAAAGUGAUAAUUAAAGAGAUGUCCAAAAAGCAAAUGAAAAAGUCAACUCAGUCAUGAAAUUUUUCUGAAAAUUAUUAAUGUAUAGUAGAUGUAAAAUAUAAAAUAAGAAAAACUUCAAUAAUUUGGACAUCAAACUUUGCAUCAUUUGUGCCUUUAAGAUUCAUGAGGUCUUCAGGAACUUAACCCUCAUGAAUUCUGUGGUUCAACUGUGCAGUACUAGCAUUACUGGUGUACAACAUUAUUUACCCACUAAUGUUUCUUGUUUACUCAGGAUGGUUUUCCAGAGUUUUAUAUGUAAAAUUUUAAUUGCAUGAAAUAAGAACUUCACUGUACAGUAUUCAUAAAGUAACCUUACUGGGGAUGGAUCCAGUAUAGUCAUGGACACAUACAGGUGUGCUGGCUGCUGGAUUGAUCACCAAUAAUCUGUAAACGGCUGGCACUUAAAUGUUAUAUGAUUGUGCAUAGUUUAUAUAUUGAUGUUAUAUACAAUAUAUAUUUUCAUUUUUUUUAGGGGUCUUUGUGCUGUAUAUAUCUGUAAAUCUGAUAAAGUAGAAAUAACUCAUUUUUAAUAAAAAUUAAAUGAUGCAAAGAUUGA